AUGCGCGAAGCUGGAGGCUUGGGGUCUAGUGACGCCCAAAUCGGCCUCGGUAGCUUAAUUCCAUGGUGGCGCCCAACCUGGAACAAGCAAGAAAAUACUGUACUGUCUUCGUCCACUCGUUUGACGGCGUAUACCCCUUCGAAGGCCGUUCCGAAUGUAUUAGCCAGCCACGAAAAGACCACAUCCAUCUGGCAAGAUCAGAGAGCCAAGAUCAACGGCAAUGUCAAUAUCACCCUGGUCGAAAACACAUAUCGCUGCACCAUGCUUCCGACAUUACCUUUGAUUGGGCCGAGUCUGGCGAUUUUCGUCGUCUCGCUGGUCAUGUUGAUUCUUGCCCUCAUUGCCGUCUCCUUGCGGAUCUUCGUCCGGGUUCACGUAGUUCGUGCCUUUGGCUGGGAUGAUACGCUUAUGCUCUUUGCCCUGAGUCUCACUACUCGUACGAAUUUGCCUGCCCUCAAGUCACGAUGCCGUUCUCAUCGAGCUAACCUGCAAAUGCCACUAACUCAGUAUUGGUGGCUCUGCGAAAUCUUCUAUACCUGGUCCUCCGCCCUCGCCAAACUAUCCAUCGCCGUUGCGCUUCUCCGUCUGACCAUCAACCGAGUUCACCGCAUCAUCAUCUUCCUCGUCAUGGGCUUCACCGUCGCCGUGAGCCUCAUGUUCUGGAUCACCCUUCUUCUCAAUUGUCAACCUGUCUCGUUUUUCUGGAACUUUGCGGAUCCCAACAGCUCCGGGGAGUGCAUGUCCUUGCAUGAAUUGGCCAAGGUCGUGUAUGUGUAUAGCAGCUUCACGAUCGUUUCUGACUUGACGCUGGCGAUCCUGCCGAUCUUCCUGGUGUGGAAAUUGCAGAUGAGUCCCCGGACGAAAGUGGCCGUUGUGGUGAUUUUGAUCCUUACAAAGAUGUUUCACCAGAUCGCUUCUUCAAGCAUGGAAUCUCCCCAAUACCCUCCCGCCAAUACUCAUACCCAAAUCCAAACCAACGCAGGGUCCACAUUUCAAAUCGCCAUCUGGUCCGUCAUCGAAACAGCCCUCGGUAUAACAGCCAGCAGCCUCUUCACCCUCCGCCCCCUUUUCCGCUGGCUCCUCGAUGAGAAAUUCUCCAGCGGCCGCGCAACACGCAGCAACGCACCUGGAUACAGCAAUUACCCCCUCGGCACCCUGGACCGAGAUGGACUGAAGGCAAUGCGCGACACCCCGAGCUCAACGACGCCUAGAUUCGGAACUGCAAGUGAACAUGGACACCGGAUGUCCGGGGGUAGCGCGGUGACUAUUCCGGCGUCGAGGAAUUUCAUCAUGUUGAAUAAUAGCGAGGAGGCGUUCAUUAAUCCUGAGUCGCCGGGGGUGAUUGCGUCUGAGGGGGGCAGGAUUACAGUGCAGAAGACGUUUAUGCGGUCUUCUGUUUCGGAAAGGGAUCAGUAG